GAUAAAUUGAGGAAUUUGGUAAUUGGUGGGGGAAUUGAAUAAGGGUUACGAAAAUGUGCACAGUUGAGAAGCGAGGCAAUUUGUUCAUCCUGACUCUGACCGGAGACGACGAGCACCGCCUCAGCCCAUCCUUAAUCGACUCCAUCCUCGCCGCUCUUUCCCAAAUCAGGGCCCAAGCCUCCCCCGGCUCCGUUCUCAUCACCACUUCCCAUGGCAAAUUCUUCUCCAACGGCUUCGAUCUCCGCUGGGCUCACGCCGCCGGCUCUGUUUCUGCGGCUGCCGACCGCCUGAGCCACAUGGUUCACAUCUUCAAGCCCGUGGUCGCCCAACUCCUCUCCCUUCCCAUGCCUUCCAUAGCCGCGAUUUCAGGCCACGCCGCCGCUGCCGGUUUCAUUCUGGCCCUCAGCCACGACUAUUUGAUUAUGAGGAGCGAUCGAGGCGUUCUGUACAUGAGCGAGGUCGAUCUAGGGCUAACUCUCCCGGACUACUUCACGGCGCUCUUUAAUUCCAAAAUCGGCUCCGGUUCCGUCCGCCGCGAUGUGUUCCUGAGGGGAAUGAAAGUGAAAGGCGAGGCGGCGGUGAGGAUGGGCAUCGUGGAAUCCGCCCACGACGGCGACGACGGCGCGAUGAAGGCUGCGCUCCGCCUUGGGGAGCAGCUGGCGGCCAGAAAUUGGGAGGGCGAACCCUACGCGGAAAUCAGGAAGAGUCUGUAUCCGGGGAUCUCUCGUCUGCUUGGAUUACCGGAAAAGCUCAGAAGAAGUAUUGAAAUUGAGGGAUGAAGAUGGAUUCCAGUCCGAACAAUUUCAGAAAACUGCAUAUUUUGUAUUCGUCUUUCCGUUUCGAAAGCGUCAAUAUUAAAUUAACCACACGAAAUUCUACCAUU